AUGCAGGACAUCCGCUUGUCGACCCUCUUUCUAGCUGCUUUCGCUCUUUUCGCGCCUUUGGCUAAUGCCUUUUGGCGUCUUCCGUGCCGCGGGCGAGCAGGCGUUGCUCGUCUGGACCCUAUCAUUGACCCGGGAAAGAUCUCAUCCCAUGUUCACGCCGUUCAUGGUGCUGGAAGUUUUGGUAUGAACUCGGACCAGAAAUUGCUGCUGGACUCCACCUGCACGUCGUGUGCCGUUACCCAGGACAGGUCGGCGUACUGGCAUCCAGCUCUCUACUUCAUGCACAAGAAUGGCAGUGCACAGCUCGUCGAUGAGGUCGGUGGCAUGCUUGCCUACUACUUCCUCAACGGAGAGAACAUCAAAGCCUUCCCGAAAAACUUCCGCAUGCUGGCCGGUGAUCCCUUCCAGCGCAACUUCACCUGGCCUGUCCCCGACCCGCCCAAAUCCGAGUGGUCUGGUGACCAAGUAUCGCAGCGUGCUCUCCGCCAGAAGGCGCUGGGAUUCAACUGCAUGAACUACCAGAAAGAAGGAGAGCGCUCCCUUUCCCGCCACUUUCUACCCAACAAAACCUACCUCGACGAGAAUUGUCCCGAAGGCGUUCGCUUCGAGCUGAUGUUCCCGUCGUGCUGGAAUGGCAAGGACCAUGAUUCUCAUGACCACAAGUCCCAUGUCGCCUAUCCCUCGCAAGUCAUGACGGGGACGUGCCCUGAGGGCUUUGAGACAAGGCUCGUCUCGCUCUUUUACGAGACUAUCUGGGACACCUAUGCAUUCAAGGACCAGGAGGGCUACUUUGCUCUCGCCAACGGCGACCCGACCGGCUUCGGGUACCACGGCGACUUUAUGCAGGGCUGGGAUGACGGCGUGCUGCAGCAGGCCGUUGACACUUGCACCAAUCUGUCGGGCGAGGUUACCGACUGCAAGAUCUUCGACCUCCAGUCUGACUCUAAGCAGCAGCAGUGCCAGUUCGACAUCCCGGAGCAGAUCCUCCAUGAAGAUAUCCACAUGCACCCCGACGGAUUGCCCGGUGGCAUGCACAUCAACUGGGGUCCGGGAUACGCCCUGCCAGCCGGCGGCAUGAGCAUGCCGCAGCCAACUCCCACCUCCACUAGUACCGGAUUGAUUCCCGGCCUCCCUACCUUGUCUUUGCCGGGUAUCUCGAUCGACCCGAACAAUAUGCUCGGCGACAUCAAUGGUGCCAACGCCGCCCAAGCCCCGACUACCACCUCUACCUCGACCCCAACGCCAAACCCCGCCACUUCGUUCAUCCUGGACCCCAUCACCCAGGAGACUAUUUACUUGGAACGGGAGAUUGCCGUGUUAGUCGACACCAAGGGUGUCCCAUUCUCCACCAGCACUGGUAGUCUCCGCACGCUGUCCACGUCUGUGGCGACCAGCACGGAGACUGUGUCAACUGUCGUCCAGCGCGACACUAUCCCCACGGAGGGUGUUUCGCCGGACCAGGCAGCUGAUCAUGCACGCCAACACGCCCACAACCACCGUCGUCGCUACGGCCACGCGCACUAG